GGAACUUUGAACUUCAACAAACAUUUUUCCAGGAAGCGACGCAGAAGAGGCCCGCUGUGAUUACGCUGAGCAAAGAAGGAGAAAUUAACAAAUUAACCGCUAUUAGUCUGCUGUUUGACAGCAGCGUGGCUUUGCGGCGUUUUACGACCAGAUUUAUCAUCACAACCGCAGACAGGAAAAUGUCCCUCCGCUACCACAACAAAGUCACUGUUGUCACAGGAGGAUCCAAAGGGAUUGGGAGAGGGAUUGUCAGAGUGUUCGUGGAAAACGGAGCCAAAGUGGUGUUUUGCGCAAGAGAAAGUGCCGCAGGUGAAGCAUUAGAGGCGCAGUUUAACAAGGCCGGACCAGGUUCGUGCAAGUUUGUCAGAUGUGACAUCUCCAAGGAAGAAGACAUAAAGAGACUGAUCGCAGUCGCAGCGGAGCAGUUUGGUCACAUUGACUGUCUGGUCAACAAUGCAGGCUGGCACCCUCCUCAUAAACCCACUGACGACACCACAGCGGAGGAGUUCAGAGACUUGUUGAAUCUGAACCUCGUCAGCUACUUCCUGGCUUCUAAAUAUGCGUUGCCGUACUUGCGAAAGCGUCAGGGAAACAUCAUCAAUAUUUCCAGUCUUGUGGGUAUUAUCGGUCAGAAAGAUGCUGCACCGUACGUUGCCACUAAGGGAGCAAUCAUUUCCAUGACAAAGGCAAUGGCAGUGGAUGAGAGCCGCUACAGUGUGAGAGUCAACUGCAUUUCACCAGGUAAUGUGAUGACACCUCUGUGGGAGGAACUAGCAGCAGCGACACCAGAUGUUGCUGACACCAUUAAAAUGGGGGAAAAUGCUCAGCUUAUGGGUCGAAUGGGGACUGAGGCUGAGUGUGGACUGGCUGCCUUAUAUCUCGCUGCUGAGGCCACUUUCUGCACCGGGAUUGACCUGCUGCUCAGUGGAGGAGCUGAACUGAACUACGGCUUCAAGAGUCAGAUCCAGUCCUCACAACCCUGAUAUGUUCAAGUCUGCUGGUUACAUAACUAAAAU